GUAUUAUCUAGCUUUGAAGAUGCUACAGAGCUGUGUGAAACGAGCCGUGUUUCGCGUUGAAGUAAGGUCACAAUUUUGAUAGCAAUUGGGUACGUGCACGUAUCUAUGACGACAAGAAGUAGAUCGCUGUUACCGCUGUAUUCCCACAAGGGGUGUAAAUCGCUAAAAGCUUCGAUUGCUUACGGCACAUUAAACAGUGAAAUAAUGCACAGCAAGCAUCAUAGCAAUCUCUCUAAUUUGAACAAAAUAGUGCUAUUGUUGAGCUCAAUUUGGAUUAUUUUAGUGAGUACAGUUGAAGGGAGACCACAAGCUGUGCCUCAAACGGCACAGAGCACGAGCGGAAAUAACGGGAAUAGUUCGACCAUUCCACGGUUCGGUGCCCAUGAGUACGGAUACGUGUCUAGUUGGCCAAUUUUGGAUCGUAAACUAGGGUCAGUGUCAGCCGUGGCCAUCGAUGUUGCUGGUAAUGUCGUCAUAUUCCAUCGGGGUUCGCACGUCUGGUCGCUUACAUCGUUCGACACGCAGAACGUAUACUUAGAAGCAACAGCUGGUCCAAUAUCAGAACAUACGGUGCUAAAGUUUGGCCAGAAUUCCGGCGACUUACUGCAGGAAUGGGGUGAAAACUUAUUCUACAUGCCACAUGGAUUAACGAUCGAUCACGAGCAGAACUACUGGCUGACAGACGUGGCCCUACAUCAGGUGUUUAAGUUUGACCUUAACCACUCAACGACUGAACCCGUGUUGACGCUCGGCACUCGUUUCGAACCGGGCAACGAUAUGUACCACUAUUGUAAGCCAACAUCCGUCGCGGUGUUAAGGAGUGGUGAGUUUUUUGUUGCAGAUGGCUACUGCAAUGGGCGUAUCGUAAAGUACUCGCCGGAAGGUGUUCCCAUCCUGUCCUGGGGGCGCAAUUCCUUUCUGCUGACCCGUACGUUCACGCUCGCGCCCGGACCUGUACCGGCUAAUUACUUUGCAAUCCCGCACGCGUUAGCGGUGGUACCGGAUCGUGAUCUAUUGUGCGUGGCCGAUCGGGAACAGGGCCGGGUGCAGUGUUUCCACACCGGAAACGGAACAUUCCACUCGCAGUACAGCAGUCCGGAGAUCGGUAAUCGAUUGUUUAGCGUUAAGUACAUUGCAUCGGAUGGUGGCUUGUUGUACACCAUCAAUGGACCGGGUCUCAAUCUCGAUUCGGUCCCUGUCGGCGGAUUCAUUGUGGAGAUGGAUAGUGGAAAUGUAAUUGGUCGAUUUCAGCCGAAUAACUCGAAACAUGCGUUCAGUAAUCCGCACGAGCUGGCCGUCGUGGACGAUGGAUCGGAAGUGUACGUCGCGGAAUUGGAUCCACAGAUGGUGCAUAAGUUUCGUUUAAUUUCACCCCGAUCGUCCACAUCGAGACCGACAUCCGUCCGCAACGAAGGUGAGAACAUUACCAAUGGCCACUACUCGAGUGCGUCCGGAAUGAACAGUACGCUGACCGCUGGUUCGAUUGGAAUAUUUUCCAUUGUUAGCACAUUGAUCGUGACCGGCCUGUUGGUGCUACUGAUGACGCGCGUCGUAUGCUUCCGAUCCGGACAGGGAUCCGCACGGGUAGAUGAAGUACCACUGCGAAAUAUGGCAGACGAUGAGGGAUAGAGGCUGCCAAUGCGCAAAUAUUCCGCAAGUCCCAAGAGGUCUUGGCAUCAUCGGAAUUCAAUUCUCCUAACAGUAGCAAUACAUACAGCACGAUCUGUGAUUUAUAGGAUGGACUUGAUGGAAAAAGACUUAAACUAGAAAUGGAAACUAAUUGUGUAGAAAUCAAUUCUGUCCCGUAUGCAGCUGCCUAACUCCAGAGUAUUUAAUAUCGAUAACAAUUGUUUAUUUAAAUAUAAUCAGCGGACAACUGAUUCCCACCAGUA